CAUCAGUAAGUCACCCGAGAGAUCCUCACCGCUGUUUCGCCUCACAGUUUCUCACGGUACAAAAAGGGCAGCGGAAUUUCAAUGAACUUUAUACUGUGAUGCACAUUUUUAUUUACUCCGGUGUCCACACGCAUGACUGGAAAUACCCUAGGUAAGUAGGUCUUCCUGCCCUCCCGUUCCAAGCAGAAGACCCCUGCGACAAUGACCAUCCAUGUAGAAGGGCUCGUAGCCAUCGCGGUCUUCUAUCUGCUCAUCCUGGUCGUGGGCAUCUGGGCGGCAUGGAAAAACAAGCACUCCGGGGAGGCGGAGGGCACCGACCGCAGCGAAACCAUCAUGGUCGGAGGGAGAGACAUUGGGCUGUUUGUUGGUGGAUUCACGAUGACAGCAACCUGGGUAGGUGGAGGGUAUAUCAAUGGCACAGCUGAGUAUGUAUAUCUACCGGACUAUGGUUUGGCUUGGGCUCAAGCCCCAUUUGGAUAUGCCCUCAGUCUGGUUGUUGGGGGUCUUUUCUUUGCUAAGCCCAUGCGUUCAAGAGGUUACGUCACCAUGUUGGACCCUUUCCAGCAACUGUAUGGGAAACGUAUGGGUGGUCUUCUCUUCAUACCUGCACUCAUGGGUGAGAUUUUUUGGUCUGCUGCCAUCCUGUCUGCCCUGGGUGCUACUCUGAGUGUUAUUGUGGACAUCAACAUCAAGAUGUCUGUGGUUAUCUCUGCACUCAUUGCGAUCUUCUACACCCUGGUUGGAGGACUGUACUCUGUGGCUUACACAGAUGUGGUGCAGCUGUUUUGCAUAUUUAUUGGCCUGUGGAUCAGUGUGCCCUUUGCUUUGACUAAUGCUGCUGUGUCAGACAUCAGUGUAACUGCAGUGACGAGAGUUUACCAGUCGCCCUGGAGAGGCAGCAUCAAGAGGGAAGAUACAUGGAUCUGGAUUGACAACUUCUGUCUUCUGAUGCUGGGAGGAAUACCUUGGCAGGUAUAUUUCCAAAGAGUGUUAUCUGCCUCUUCCGCCACCUACGCACAGGUUCUCUCAUUCCUGGCUGCUUUUGGAUGCCUCGUCAUGGCCGUUCCCUCUGUUCUCAUCGGUGCCAUUGGUGCCUCAACAGACUGGAAUCAGACAAGUUAUGGUGGAAUUUCUCCUGAGGAAAAGGAGCAAGCAGACAUGAUUCUCCCCAUCGUACUCCAGCACCUCUGUCCACCAUUUGUUUCUUUCUUUGGCCUGGGGGCAGUGUCUGCCGCUGUCAUGUCCUCUGCUGACUCCUCCAUCCUGUCUGCAAGCUCUAUGUUUGCAAGAAACAUCUACCAGAUGGCCUUCAGACAAUCAGCAUCUGACCGAGAAAUUGUGUGGGUGAUGCGAAUCACAAUUUUCAUAUUUGGUGGCCUUGCCACCCUGAUGGCCCUGGUUACUGGCACAGUUUAUGGCCUCUGGUACCUGAGCUCAGACUUGGUUUAUGUCAUCAUCUUCCCACAGCUGCUCAGCGUGCUCUUUGUCAAAUGUACCAACACGUACGGCUCGGUGGCUGCAUACCUGUUUGGCCUGGUGCUGCGUAUCGGCGGAGGAGAACCCUAUCUGCAGCUGCCUCCUUUCAUUUAUUACCCAGGCUGGACAACGGAGCUGCGGAAGCAUCACAUCACUGGGGAGAUGGAGACAAUUGUCAUUCAGAAGUUCCCCUUUAAGACCGUCUCCAUGCUGGCCUCCUUCGCGGGUAACUUUGUUUUCUCGUACCUGGCAAAGUACUUGUUCGAAAGUGGAAAGAUUUCCCACAAAUAUGACUUCCUGGAUGCUGUGGUGUCGAGCCGCAGUGGGGAAAUAAUGGAUAGAACUACUCUUGUAACCCGAAGCAACAACAUUGGGCUGUCUGAGUUAGCGCCUGUCAGACCACGACUGAGCGUGACCUUGGCAGCCGCCUUCACACGCCGGGACACGAUGCCAGAGGAAACAGUUGAGGAAGAAGAAGAAGAGUCCAGCCCUGACUCCUUACACAAUGAGGAAUGACAAAACUAGGAUUUUAUCGAAAAUAUAAAGGAAUGAGUAAAGACGGACUACCUAAUGGACCUGGCAGGGAGCAAAGAGGCCAGAAGCGUAUAUCCUCCCUCUGGACUUUAGAGUAAAUGGACAUCAAACCUAAUUGGAUAAGAGAGCCACAUGUCUGGAUACAAAUUUCAUUGUAGCAGCUUGCUGAUUAUUAAUAUAUGAUGCUGUCUCUUGUGACCUAAAGCAACACACUCCCACACAUUUAAAUGCACACACGGAUAGUACCUAUAUAUUGUAACUUUGCAUACUCACACCUUUUUAAAGUCUAAUUCAUCCGAUAAUGUAAAACUGAAAAAAAGACCAUUAAUUAGAUUGUAAAGUCUCUAUUUAUAAUACAAGAACAUGCAAAACAAUUGGCUGGUUCUUCCCAAGUAUUAACAGCACAACCACUGUUUGGAGAAGAAUCAAUAAUUUGAAAGCAAUAAAAUAUAUUUGAUACAUACAUGCAGAAAAUGCAAUAUAAUGUAAAAGUGACAGUAGCAGUAGAUUAGAUCAGCUAAAGCAAGUUAAGUAAAAUUUCAUUAAUUCUUUACCGUGCCAAAUCCAGUUAAAUCGGGAGCUUAUGGUAAAAAGAAUAUGAAUUGCGUUAGACAAAAUAUCAUGUUUCCUACUAUUAUCUUUUCAUGUCUCCUUACUGAUACACAUAAAAGAGUUAGACAAAAAAAGAAAUCCGUGAAUCGACAAUUUCCCAGCAGAAAUUAUUGUAGUCUGCUGAAGCCUUUGCUUUUGAACUCGUUAAUGUUGGGUAUAGGAACAGUUUUUUGCCAGAGAAAAUAAGUUAGUAUUUUAGACAAACCUGUAAUCAACUGCCUUAAUGAUGCUCAUAAGAAAAAAAAAUCACUUUCAGCUUUCUGACCAGAAUUCUGUGAGACUGGAGUGAGAGACUUUACAAUGAA